AUGAAAGUAGCAACCCUUGCACAAAUAAAACAGGAUUCUGACGACAAACUGAAAAUGGGUGAUACUAACGAAAGUAGACCAGAUAAUAUAAAUAUCAGUGUAGCAAAAGAAAAGAAAGAUACACAAAGUGGAUAUAUCAAGGACCGGGCGUCUUUAGAAAGCGUCAUGAAAUUUUGGGCCAAAUUUACAGUCAAGGAUAGUACAAAAACUUCAACCGAAAAACCAUCAACGCAUAUUGCAUCUUCCAGAGAAGAAACAAUAGAAAUCAUUACACCCACUAAAGCAAAGCCUGAUAAUGCACCGUCCAUGAAAUACGUUAGCGAUAUGAUAGCUGAAUAUCUAAGAAGUCAGGCAACAAAACCGACUACCGAAGCAAGCAAAACAAGAACUAUGAAUAUGGAUAUAGUUUCAAGGACUAUUAAAGAUUUUUUAGAUAAAAACAGUAAAACCGAUUCUCUAACGGUUGCAAAAAAUAUUAAAUAUACUUUAAGCAAAGAUUUAAAAGAAUUAAGUGACUUAACAGAAAUUGGUAAAACAUUUGAAGAAAAUAAGGAAGAAGAAAGAUCAGAGAAAGAUGUAAAUUUGCAACAGAAGCGGAUUAAUGAAGACAAUCAAGACAAAGCAAAAAAUACAGAACUUACGCUAUUUAGUUCAUUAAUUAAAGUUAGUCCUCAGACAGCAGAUUCGAAAUCAAUUAAAAAAAUGGAAGCACUACAAUAUCUUAAUAACAUGCUUAAAUUCAAUAAUAAAUUUAAACUCAAUGACCCUUUGCCUUCCAUGGAAGUAAGUACGCAAGAUUCUACCAACGAUAACAACCACUUUGAGAAACUAAAGGAAGAAACAUUUUUUCAGGACUAUUAUACUAACAAUUCAAAUUACAAUAAUGACAUGUCAGGUAGUACAAAUUUAGUCAAGGAUAAAAUUGGGACUGUUUCGACUGAUGUUAUUAAAGAAAUAGCUGAUAAAGUAAAGGAAAUAGUAAUGAGAGAUAUAAGAAAAGAAAUACCGACCACUGAAAGAGUAACUUUUUUAACUACGACGAUUUCUGAAAGUACCACAGCAAAUCCAACAACAGCUUUAAAAGAAGAUAAUCAAACAAGUGUUAUACGAACGCUUAUGGAACUACUAAAAGGAUUGAACACAAUGAAAGAAGAAACUACAACAUCAACGACAUAUUUGCCAACGAUAGACACUUUAAACAUUGCAAAAUUAGCUUUUCAUAACUUACCUGUAGACAAAAUGUAUCCUCCAGUAAUAGGUGGCGUUCAACCUACCUACGUUUUAAAAACGCCGGUUUCUGACAUUAAACAAUUUGAGGUGAAUCCAUUUAACCAAAAUUUAGUUCCAAUUCCUUUUGGCACAAACCUCCAUCCGCCACUACACAGUCCUACAUACAUGCCUCAGAAAAACUAUCAUGAAAAGAGCAAAUAUAAAAUGCUACCACUGACAAUUCAAACCAAUUCUGCCGAAAUUCCUCCAUUAGUUAUACAAGUGUCAAAACCAAUGAAGAUUAUGAACCAGCAUAUAAUAGUGACAACUCAAAACCCUUUUCAAAAACAGAGAGAAGAAAAGCUACAUCGUGAUAAUGAACAACGUUUGAACUUUAAUUACGCAGAUCCUCUAAAUGUGCCAAGUGAGAGAAAUCAUCACGUAGAUAAUCCAACUUAUGGUGAACUUACGAAAAAUCUGCGGCUAGCAGAGCAUGUUAAAAAGGAAUUUAGAGAAUCUUAUAAAGAUAAAAUUGAAAAACUAAAGGAAAGGAUAGAACAUAACAGAGAUAAGGCUACAGGAGUAAAGCAGUCCACAGACUCAGAACGCAGUGUUGGUUUAAGUGGUCUAGAAAAAUCUAAGUUCCAUGUCAGUUCGAGUUUGGAUUUUAACCACCACAGAGGCACGUCAGAAAUCUCGAAUGAUCAUGAUUUUUUGGGCAGGCAGUUGGAUCCUAAUCGGCAGGAAAAGUUUAAUCGUCCAAUUAAUGCACAUAACCGUCAGAUUUUAAAUGAACCAUCGGGCAUAAAUCACCGUGAAAAUUUUAAUCGCCCAGAUGAUUCCAGCUACCGUGAUGUUAUAAAACGAGAACAUUUAGGUAGACUAGUGGAUUCAAAUCACCAUAAUUUAAUAAGCCAACGGUUGGAGAAUAUUCCCGAUAGACGAAGACCAAUAGAUCAUCGAAGUAGAAGUCGUCUAUCAGAUGCGUACGAGAGGUUUGAACACGGACGCUCUCAUCCUCGAUAUAAAGAGACCAAGUUUCAUGAAAGGCUUGAACAAAUAGAAAAUAUGCCGCAAAUUCAUUAUAAUAGCUACAGCAGGUCAACGACAGAAGGGUGUUGUGACGCAUUUGCGUCUAGACAACAGAUGCCUUUGAAUAAGGCCAGAGAACAUCUAAGGUUUGAUGAUUCUCAUUUUAGAAAUUUCCUUAAGUCGCAACAAAAAGUUACAGAUAUGUUGGAGAGGAUAUUGGCAGCUAAAUCUAAAACUGGGAAAGAGAGCGCUGAUCCGCAAUAA